CAGAUGAAAGUAGUGCUAAGAAAUGCUGUCACCAGUAAUUUUUGUCCCCGUGUUGAGAGCUUCUAACGUGAAACUUUUGGAAAUAAAGCAUACACCACCUAAAGCAGAGCAAAAUGCUGGGAUCACAUCUGCCAGUGCAGGAAGAAGUCACAGGUCUGUGAGUCAAGUGUGUGUGGAAAGGUCACUAAUUUUCAGAAGUAAUACCCCUUAUUCUACAGACAUCGUUUCUGAUCCUGGUGGAUGAGAUCCACUGUUCUGUGUGCAGUUGGAUGACUCAAAGCUGAACUAUUUUCAACUGCCACAGGAUAUCAAAGAAUCUGAUUUUGCAGAGUUCUUAGAGAAGUAUGGCAGGCACUCUUUCUUAGCACCAUCACAAGUUCAGCCAUCGUUCUCUGCUUUUUACCGUGCUGGUGAUCCAAUCCUCAUCUACUUUGAUUCGUCAUCUCUAUUGAGCAUGCUUAGACAGCCAGUAAAAAUGGGAGCCAGUGGACUUUGUGUUGAUGGAAAUCCUGCUGGCUUCCUGGACAGUAAAAGCACAAGCUGUACUCGGAUUUUUGCCAACUUGAGCAAGAGCUGCAUGACUGACCCUGUCCUAGAUGCUGCUUCCUAUUACCGUGACUUCACUGUACUAAAGGUCCCAAUUAAUGACACCGUUAUGCCAUCCAUGAAGGUAAAUGUCACUGCAGUCUCACCACCUGGAGCUCCCCACAUGAAAGACAAUACAUGCACCAAUGUUGUUUCUGAGGUGAUCUAUGAGAUAGAAUAUAGUGGCACAAGUGGGAUUGAGAGUGUUUCUGUCCAGUUCAAAGUCAGCAACAUCUCUGUGAACUUCAGCUCCUCUCUGCAGCAGCACUUCACCAUGCACUUCUGGACCAAGACUCUUUCUCAUAUGUUGCCUAGAAGUGGAAACCCUGGCUAUAUCACUGGAGCACCACUGUUGAUUGCAAACAGUGGUGCCAUGCAACAUAUGAGCGUAUUAAGGAGUGAAAGUGAUGGAAGUUGUUCACAAUUCCUCAGACACACAGUACAAUUUGGAAGGAAUAUGAGAACAGGCUGCAAAAUCAGCCUAUCCCCAAUACUGGAAGACAGUAACUGUAGUUACAUACAGCAGAAGUUAUACAAGGCUUUUCAGGGGACGAACAGAACAGAAGACUUUGCUAUAACUGGCAGUGCUAAUUCAGCCCAGGCAGAAGAGUGGAUGGCCAUUCUGAUUCAGAACUGCAGUGUGCAGGCUGUGAAUUGCACUUCCUGUUGUAUGGUUCCUGUGACCCUGGAGAUACAGAUAUUAUGGACUAAAGUGGGCCUCCUAUCCAACCCACAAGCUCAAGUACUGGGUACACGGCACUUUUACCAGUGUCAACCCCUCAAGUUUUUAAAAACAAGCAUGGUACCUGUGACAACUGUCGUUACCUUCACUGACAUGACCGACUGGCCAGAACCUCCACGAGGCCAGCCCCAAAUGCACUGGAAACUCCCAUUUGACAUCUUUUUCCCAUUCAAGAUAUCCUUGAUUUGCAGAAGGCAUCUCAAAAUGUUGUGUCGAGCUGCUCUGAGCCCUCUUGUCCGUUCCCCUGGAUGGUGCUUUGUGUCACCGCCACAUGCCAUCGCAGCCAUUUCCCGUUUAUAUCUCCCUUGCCAUAACCAAAGAUUAAGGAAUGAAUCCGUCCGUUGUUGGAGCAACAUUCCAUUUAUCACUGUGCCACUCAGCCGUGCACAUGGAAAAUCAUUUGCACACCGCAGUGAGCUGAAGCACGCAAAACGGAUUGUAGUAAAGCUGGGUAGUGCUGUUGUUACUCGAGGGGAUGAGUGUGGCUUAGCCCUUGGGAGGCUGGCUUCUAUUGUAGAGCAGGUCUCAAUGCUGCAAAAUCAGGGCCGAGAGAUGAUGAUUGUCACCAGUGGGGCUGUAGCUUUUGGAAAGCAGCGGUUGCGUCAUGAGAUCUUGCUUUCUCAGAGUGUGAGGCAAGCACUUCAUUCAGGCCAGAGUCAGCUAAAAGAUAUGGCUAUUCCGGUCUUGGAGGCCCGCGCCUGUGCAGCAGCUGGACAGAGUGGACUAAUGGCUCUGUAUGAGGCCAUGUUUACACAGUACAGCAUCUGUGCAGCUCAAAUUUUAGUCACCAAUCUGGAUUUCCAUGAUGAGCAGAAGCGUCGCAACUUAAAUGGAACAUUACAUGAGCUUUUAAGGAUGAAUAUUGUCCCUAUAAUUAACACUAAUGAUGCAGUUGUCCCACCUCCAGAGCCAAACAGUGAUCUGCAGGGGGUAAAUGUAAUUAGUGUGAAGGAUAACGACAGUCUGGCAGCACGACUGGCUGUAGAAAUGAAAACUGAUCUCCUGAUUGUUCUUUCAGAUGUAGAAGGACUUUUUGACAGCCCUCCAGGGUCUGAUGACGCAAAGCUUAUUGACAUAUUCUACCCAGGAGACCAGCAGUCUGUAACAUUUGGAACCAAAUCCCGAGUGGGAAUGGGUGGCAUGGAAGCCAAGGUGAAAGCAGCUCUGUGGGCCCUGCAAGGAGGCACUUCAGUAGUGAUUGCAAAUGGAACCCACCCAAAGAUCUCAGGUCAUGUCAUCACAGAUAUUGUGGAAGGGAAAAAGGUUGGAACUUUUUUUUCAGAGGUAAAACCUGCAGGCCCUACUGUAGAACAGCAGGCUGAAAUGGCUCGAGCUGGUGGCAGGACCUUGGCAGCUCUACAGCCUGAGCAGAGAGCAGAGAUUAUUUAUCGUCUUGCUGACUUACUAACGGACCAGAGGGAAGAAAUCCUCUUGGCAAACAAGAAGGACUUAGAGGAGGCUGAAAAUAAAGGGAGAUUAGCACUCCCUUUGUUGAAACGCCUAAGUCUGUCUACUUCAAAGCUAAACAGCUUGGCUAUUGGUCUGCGUCAGAUUGCAGCAUCCUCUCAGGACAGCGUCGGCCGUGUAAUUAGACGAACUCGAAUAGCAAAAGACCUGGAUUUGGAGCAGGUGACGGUGCCAAUUGGUGUCCUUCUCGUGAUCUUUGAAUCUCGUCCUGACUGUCUUCCACAGGUGUCUGCUUUGGCCAUAGCCAGUGGAAAUGGCUUACUACUUAAAGGAGGGAAAGAGGCAGCACACAGCAAUCAAAUCCUUCAUCAUCUGACACAAGAAGCCCUCUCUAUUCAUGGAGUCAGAGAUGCAGUGCAACUGGUGAACACAAGAGAGGAAGUAGAAGAUCUCUGCCGUUUGGAUAAGCUGAUAGAUCUCAUCAUUCCACGUGGUUCAUCACAGCUAGUCAGGAAUAUCCAGAAAGCUGCUAAGGGAAUCCCAGUGAUGGGUCACAGUGAAGGGAUCUGUCAUGUGUAUGUUGACACGGAUGCCAGUGUUGAGAAGGUCACACGAAUAAUCAGAGACUCAAAGUGUGAAUAUCCUGCUGCCUGUAAUGCUCUGGAAACUCUCUUAAUUCAUCGAGACUUGCUGAGAACCCCGUUGUUUGAUCAGAUCAUAGACAUGUUGAGAGUAGAACAGGUGAAGAUUCAUGCUGGCCCAAAGUUUGCAUCUUACUUGACAUUCAGUCCUUCAGAAGUGAAAUCGCUGCGCACAGAAUAUGGGGACCUGGAGUGCUGCAUUGAGGUGGUGGACAGCGUUCAAGAGGCUGUUGAGCAUAUCCACAAGUACGGAAGUUCCCAUACGGAUGUUAUUAUCACAGAGAAUGAGAAAACAGCAGAGUUCUUCCUCCAGCAUGUGGACAGCGCUUGUGUUUUCUGGAAUGCCAGUACCCGAUUCUCUGAUGGCUAUAGGUUUGGACUUGGCGCUGAAGUGGGAAUUAGUACUUCGCGUAUCCAUGCACGUGGACCAGUGGGAAUUGAAGGACUCUUAACUACGAAGUGGUUGCUGAGGGGGGACAAUCACGUUGUUUCUGACUUUUCAGAGCAUGGGAGCAUGAAGUACCUUCAUGAAAGCCUCCCUCUCCCUCAGAGAAAUGCCAACUGAAAACACUGGGGAGAAAACCCAGGGUAUAAUUAUUUCCCGAAGUUGUUCAGGCUUCAGGAUAAUCUCUGGUGAAGGAGUUUGUUUUUCAUCGUCAGAAACAUUGUCCUUGGUCAUUUUGCAGUACAAUGAAUACAUAAUGAUCCUAUCAAUGACAAUUCUCCCCCUCCCCCGCUUUCAGUUUCCUUAGACAGUAUCUGCAAACUGACGUCACUUCUCCCAAAGACAGUUUUUUUCAAAUCAUAUAGGUAACAUAAGGAAGAAUUUCAGUAUCGACUACAUUCCUUUUUUAUCCCAGUGCUCCCUGUAGCAAAUAUUUUUGGUGGUGGAGCUUAAUUUUUUUUUUCCUAAGUUUUGUUUUAUUCAAGUAUCUGUUCUGGAGAACAGACUCAGUAGUUUUGGUUUUGAGGAUUUUUUUCUUCAGUCUUAGGAUCAUGGCAUCUCUUGAGGGCCGGAAAGCUUUAUGCUUAAUUUCUUUGUAUUUGAUCAGUCUUGAGAUAGGGGGACGGAUGUUCCAAAUGUAUAAUAAACUUUUGACCAAGAGA